CUGCAUCCCCCCUCAGACAGAGAUGGCGAGGUUGACCCUGGGGCUGUCGGCAUGCAGCCUCCUCCUGCUCUACCUCAUCCUGGAGUCUAAGGAGUCCUUUACUGCUUUGGCUGGCUGGAGACCAGAGGACAUUCCUCCGAAAGAGAUGUUACGCCAGAAAAGAGCGACAGCAGAUGAGGCGACGUUUAACUGGACGCACGUGAUCGACAUCGAAGUGAACGGUUCCUCCGGCCUCAUAGCCGCACUGAACAACAUCAGCCUCCCGGUCCAACUCAACAACAUUACCCAGAUCAGCGAGAUUCAGGUCACCACAGCAUGCACGCCGGUGGGCGCGGGUGAGCAGUGCCGCUGCCAGGAAGGGUUCGCCUGGCCAAUCGAGAGCUGCCUGGCCCACGGCGCCUGUGAUGUCAUCGCCAAGGGUGUCUGCAGCUGCAUCAACGGCCGCCCCGCCGACGGGCAGUCCUGUCAACCAAUCAAAUCACUGCAGGCGGAGGUGGUGUUGGAGGUGGUGGUGGAGCUCCACCUCAUAGACCUGGCCACCCUGGAGACUCUCCGCGCCCGGCUGGAGAACAGCAGCUUCCCUCUGGCCCUCAGUCCUGCUGUCGAGAUCACGGACAUCAACCUCACCACAGUUUGCUCUCCAUUCGGGGCUGGGUUCCAAUGCACAUGUGAGGAUCCAUAUCGCUGGCCAUGUGACAAGUGUCUUCUGCAUGGGUCAUGUGACAACAUCACUGAUGAGACGUGUGGAUGCAUCAAUGCCCUUCCCCCUGAUGAAGAAUACUGCCAGCUCUCCCAACUCAUCAAUACAGCUUGUCCUAUCACGACUUCUGCACCUCCAUCCACAACUUCGGCACCUCCGUCCACCACUUCUCCACCUCCAUCUACAACUUCUCCACCUCCAUCCACCACUUCUCCACCUCAAUCAACCACUUCUCCACCUCCAUCAACCACUACUCCAAAUCCAUCCGCCACUUCUCGACCUCCAUCAACAAGUCCUCCAGUGGUCUAUGAGUACCUGACUACUAUCGAGUUGCAAACCAGAAAUGUUACAGGGAUAGAGGAACUGAGGAGCAUCCUGAAUAACAUCAGCUACCCCUUCCCCAUCGACAAAAACAUACUGAUCUCUGAGGUCAAAAUCACCACAGUUUGCUCUCCAUUCGGGGCUGGGUUCCAAUGCACAUGUGAGGAUCCAUAUCGCUGGCCAUGUGACAAGUGUCUUCUGCAUGGGUCAUGUGACAACAUCACUGAUGAGACGUGUGGAUGCAUCAAUGCCCUUCCCCCUGAUGAAGAAUACUGCCAGCUCUCCCAACUCAUCAAUACAACUUGUCCUAUCACGACUUCUGCACCUCCAUCCACAACUUCGGCACCUCCGUCCACCACUUCUCCACCUCCAUCUACAACUUCUCCACCUCCAUCCACCACUUCUCCACCUCAAUCAACCACUUCUCCACCUCCAUCAACCACUACUCCAAAUCCAUCCGCCACUUCUCGACCUCCAUCAACAAGUCCUCCAGUGGUCUAUGAGUACCUGACUACUAUCGAGUUGCAAACCAGAAAUGUUACAGGGAUAGAGGAACUGAGGAGCAUCCUGAAUAACAUCAGCUACCCCUUCCCCAUCGACAAAAACAUACUGAUCUCUGAGGUCAAAAUCACCACAGUUUGCUCUCCAUUCGGGGCUGGGUUCCAAUGCACAUGUGAGGAUCCGUAUCGCUGGCCAUGUGACAAGUGUCUUCUGCAUGGGUCAUGUGACAACAUCACUGAUGAGACGUGUGGAUGCAUCAAUGCCCUUCCCCCUGAUGAAGAAUACUGCCAGCUCUCCCAACUCAUCAAUACAACUUGUCCUAUCACGACUUCUGCUCCUCCGUUCACCACUUCUACACCUCCAUCUACAACUUCUCCACCUCCAUCAACCACUUCUCCAAAUCCAUCCGCUACUUCUCAACCUCCAUCAACAAGUCCUCCAGUGGUCUACGAGUACCUGAUUACUAUCGAGCUGCAAACCACAAAUGUUACAGUGAUAGAGGACCUGAGGAGCAUCCUGGAUAAGAUCAUCUACCCCUUCCCCAUCGACAGCAACAUACUGAUCUCUGAGGUCAACAUCACCACAGUUUGCUCUCCAUUCGGGGCUGGGUUCCAAUUCAAAUGUGAGGAUCCGUAUCGCUGGCCAUGUGACAAGUGUCUUCUGCAUGGGUCAUGUGACAACAUCACUGAUGAGACGUGUGGAUGCAUCAAUGCCCUUCCCCCUGAUGAAGAAUACUGCCAGCUCUCCCAACUCAUCAAUACAACUUGUCCUAUCACGACUUCUGCUCCUCCGUUCACCACUUCUACACCUCCAUCUACAACUUCUCCACCUCCAUCAACCACUUCUCCAAAUCCAUCCGCCACUUCUCAACCUCCAUCAACAAGUCCUCCAGUGAACUACGAGUACCUGAUUACUAUCGAGCUGCAAACCACAAAUGUUACAGUGAUAGAGGACCUGAGGAGCAUCCUGGAUAAGAUCAUCUACCCCUUCCCCAUCGACAGCAACAUACUGAUCUCUGAGGUCAACAUCACCACAGUUUGCUCUCCAUUCGGGGCUGGGUUCCAAUUCAAAUGUGAGGAUCCGUAUCGCUGGCCAUGUGACAAGUGUCUUCUGCAUGGGUCAUGUGACAACAUCACUGAUGAGACGUGUGGAUGCAUCAAUGCCCUUCCCCCUGAUGAAGAAUACUGCCAGCUCUCCCAACUCAUCAAUACAAAUUGUCCCGUCACGACUUCCGCACCUCCGUUCACCACUUCUACACCUCCAUCUACCACUUCUCCACCUCCAUCUACAACUUCUCCACCUCCAUCAACCACUUCUCCACCUCCAUCAACAAGUCCUCCAGUGGUCUAUGAGUACCUGACUACUAUCGAGUUGCAAACCACAAAUGUUACAGUGAUAGAGGAACUGAGGAGCAUCCUGGAUAACAUCAGCUACCCCUUCCCCAUCGACAACAACAUACUGAUCUCUGAGGUCAACAUCACCACAGUUUGCUCUCCAUUCGGGGCUGGGUUUCAAUGCACAUGUGAGGAUCCGUAUCGCUGGCCAUGUGACAAGUGUCUUCUGCAUGGGUCAUGUGACAACAUCACUGAUGAGACGUGUGGAUGCAUCAAUGCCCUUCCCCCUGAUGAAGAAUACUGCCAGCUCUCCCAACUCAUCAAUACAAAUUGUCCCGUCACGACUUCUGCACCUCCGUUCACCACUUCUACACCUCCAUCUACCACUUCUCCACCUCCAACUACAACUUCUCCACCUCCAUCAACCACUUCUCCACCUCCAUCAACCACUUCUCCACCUCCAUCAACCACCUCUCCAAAUCCAUCAACCACUUCUCCACCUCCAUCAACAAGUCCUCCAGUGGUCUAUGAGUACCUGACUACUAUCGAGUUGCAAACCACAAAUGUUACAGUGAUAGAGGAACUAAGGAGCAUCCUGGAUAACAUCAGCUACCCCUUCCCCAUCGACAGCAACAUACUGAUCUCCGAAGUCAACAUCACCGCAGUUUGCUCUCCAUUCGGGGCUGGGUUCCAAUGCACAUGUGAGGAUCCGUAUCGCUGGCCUUGUGACAAGUGUCUUCUGCAUGGGUCAUGUGACAACAUCACUGAUGAGACGUGUGGAUGCAUCAAUGCCCUUCCCCCUGAUGAAGAAUACUGCCAGCUCUCCCAACUCAUCAAUACAACUUGUCCUAUCACAACUUCUGCACCUCCGUCCACCACUUCUCCACCUCCAUCAACCACUUCUCCACCUCCAUCAACCACUUCUCCACCUCCAUCCACUACUUCUCCACCUCCAUCAACCACUACUCCAAAUCCAUCCACCACUUCUCAAACUCCAUCAACAAGUCCUCCACUGGUCUAUGUGUACCUGACUACUAUCGAGUUGCAAACCACAAAUGUUACAGUGAUAGAGGAACUGAGGAGCAUCCUGGAUAACAUCAGCUACCCCUUCCCCAUCGACAGCAACAUACUGAUCUCGGAGGUCAACAUCACCACAGUUUGCUCUCCAUUCGGGGCUGGGUUCCAAUGCACAUGUGAGGAUCCGUAUCGCUGGCCAUGUGACAAGUGUCUUCUGCAUGGGUCAUGUGACAACAUCACUGAUGAGACGUGUGGAUGCAUCAAUGCCCUUCCUCCUGAUGAAGAAUACUGCCAGCUCUCCCAACCAAUCCCACUCAAUCGCACUUUUUGUCCUUUACCCCCCUCUCCUCCACCCACCUCCACCCCCUCUCCUCCACCCACCUCCACCCCCUCCCCUCCACCCUCCUCCACCCCCUCUCCUCCACCCACCUCCAACCCCUCUACCUCUCCUCCACCCACCACCACCACCUCUCCUCCACCAGAUGAGAUCGAGGUGGUCAUGUUAAUGACCCUAGACCUGACCUUCACUCCGGAACUGAGUAAUCCAACGAGCAGCCAGUUCAUAGCCCUGAGAGAAAGAGUACAGCCAGUGCUGGAGGCAAACUAUCAAUCGCUCACAGGAUUCAGGUCGAUUAAUGUGCGAGGAUUCAGCGCGGGAAGUGUCGUCGUCGACUUCACUAUCAGGACGACCGAGGUGGUUGAUGGAGAGCUGACGGCCGCCAACCUCAACCUGACGCAGAGCUUUGAGCCCAUCGCCGCGGUGCUGGGCUUAACCACCGAACCCUUCAUCAGCCCUGACCCCAUCACCUUCCCCAGCCCGGUGUACACGGGCCAGGCCCGGACACUGACCUGUGGACCCCCGCCUCCCCAGGCGGGCAUCGGGGUCGUGACCGGCGUCUCCUGGACUCUGGACACCAAUCCCGUCCAGAACCGAGGCCGCUUCCAGAUAAUCAGUAACGCCACAGGCUCCAGGCUGACCAUCAGCAACCUGAUCCCCUCGGACAGGGGUGCAUUCACCUGCACGCUGGUGAGCGGAGCUCUGAGGUUCAUCCAGCGUGGGCGCUUCACCACGACGACCCUCCUGGCAGCUCCCGUCCUCCUGGUCAACAGAGAGAGCAACGCCGUCUGUAGGGGCGGCGGCAAUACAGAUACGCCGCGGAGAUGCUGUGUCCAGCCGCCCUACAGGCCCCAGUGGGUCGGUGUGACACCAGGAACAGUGCAGGAGAGCGUGGAGCAGGGAAACAACUGUGUGCAAUAUGACUACAGGUUCGACUGCACGCCCACCACGGUUACCAACAUCUGCCGCGUCAUAGGCAUCCCCGGCUUCCAGGCCAGCAGCCGGCUCAACAUCAUCACAGCAGCAGCAGUCAUCUGCAACAACACGCGGUACGGCGAGGGCGGGGUGGGGGACGAGUCCCGUCCCGGGUGUGGGCCCGGUUUGGAGGGGGAGCGCCUCGCUGUGUGCCAGGCCAGCGGGGUGUGGCUGACCCAGACCAACACCUGCAUCAACACCUACAUCUUCACCAACAUCAACGACUUCCUGACCAAGUCCGAGAUUUUGAUUCAGGGUGAUGUUCCAACGUUCGUGGCAAACCUCAGCGGCUUGGUCAGCGACAAUCAAACCCAAAUAACGGAUUCCCCGGUCACCAUUUCAGCCAUCGUUGACAUCCUGACCAACGUGGGCAACGUGAGCACGAUCAUCAAGGAGGACACCAUGCAGAGCAUCCUGAACACGGUGGAUGUGAUCGUUGGCGACGUCACCGUCGAAUCGUGGGCUGAUCUGAACGCCAACCGAUCCCUCAACACCAGCUCCUUGCUCCUGAGCUCCAUGGAGACCAUCACCCAGUUCCUGAGCGGGGACGACUUCUCCGUCAACACGUCCAGCAUCCUGCUGAACAGAACCCGGUUAAGCGACCCUUUCAUGGCCAACAUCAACUCCAGCCUGGUCAUCAAUCUCCAGAACACCAACCUCACCGACACCUUCAUCACUACCAUCACCUUCUCCACCCUGAGCAACGUCCUGCCCCCCCGCACCAACGCCAGCUUCAACGCCAGCCAGGACGCCAACGCCACCGGGCCGGAGAUCCUGAUCAACGCGGCGGUGGUGCUGAUCCAGCUGAACGGGUCCAGGGCGCUGCGGCCCAACCUGACGCUGUCCUACCGCAAGCGGAACACCUCGCUCACCGAGGACCCGCAGUGCGUCUUCUGGAACUUCCAGCUGCUCGACUUUCAGGGCGGCUGGGACGACGAGGGAUGCACCUUCGUCUCGGACGUGGACGACGUGGUGGAAUGCAACUGCGACCACCUGACCUCCUUCUCCAUUCUCAUGUCCACGGGCCUCCCGCCGGGAGCCGCGGAGGCCCUGGACAUCAUCACCUACAUCGGCGUGGCCAUCUCCAUCGUGAGCCUGGUCAUCUGUCUGAUCAUCGAGGCGCUCACCUGGAAGGCCAUGACCGGGAACACCACCUCCUACCUGCGCCACGUGUCGCUGGUCAACAUCGCCGUGUCCCUGCUCAUCGCCGACAUCUGGUUCAUCAUCGGCGCCGCCAUCACCUCGGAGACGGACCCCACGGAGAUGGUGCCCCUGGCGGCCUGCAGCGCGGCCACCUUCUUCAUCCACCUCUUCUACCUGGCGCUCUUCUUCUGGAUGCUGGUGUCGGCGUUGCUGCUCUUCUACCGGAUGGUCAUGGUCUUCUCCCACAUGUCCAAGGCCACCAUGCUGGCCAUCGGCUUCUCGCUGGGCUACGGCGCGCCCCUGGUCAUCGCCGUGGUGACGGAGGCGGCCACGGCGCCGCAGGUUCCCCAGGGGUACAUCCGGGACAACAACGGCUGCUGGCUGAGGUGGGAAGACACCUUCGCCCUGCUGGCCUUCAUCAUCCCCGCCGGGGUCAUCGUCUUCAUCAACUUUGUCAUCCUGAUCGUGGUGCUGACGAAGAUGCUGCGCCGCGGCGUUGAGAGCAGCCACUCCGAGGAGAAGAACACGCUGCUGGUCAUCUUAAGAAGCGUGGCCAUCUUGUUCCCCACCUUCGGGCUCACCUGGGCUCUCGGUGUUGGGGUGAUGGUGGCUCCGAGGAAUUUGGGGCUCCAUGUCACCUUUGCGCUAUUCAACUCCUUACAGGGGUUCUUCAUUCUUGUGUUUGGGACUCUCAUGGACCCCAAGAUCCGAGCUGCUCUGUCCAGAACCAUCCCAGCCCUCAGCUCCUCCUCCAACCAGACCCGGACUACCAGUGGAGGAGGAUCGUCGACUGGCAGAUGGGCGCUCCUCAACAGGAUACGAGGACGACGCGGUGCGUACCACGUGAUGAGUGCGGCUAACACCAGCAGCUCCAACACCGCAUCGGAAUCCUACCUCAACAUUUGAUUUUGAACGUUUGUUAUUCAAUCUUAAAGGGAUACUUCACCGGUGAAGAUAUGGAGGUUAUAUGAAGUACAUAAUUAUAUGUAUCAUAAAUGUGCAAAUAAAAUUGAAAUCGGUUCAUCCUAGCCUGAGAAAAGGCAGAAAGUGUCUCUCCGGCUCAAAAGUAAGAAAUCCUCCAACUCCCACAGUGCAUUGCGCUCGCUGCACCGCCCCCCUGUGUCCGUUUGUAGGGGGAAGGACCCAUGGUCCUAGCGCGAGUGGUGGGCGAGCAAACUUUGUGUAAACAUAUCCCUGUGAUACGUUGACUAGUUUAGACUCCUGCCCUCUUUUUUCAAACGCAUGAUUUGUAUAUUACUGUACAGCAUAAAAACAUUUGCUAAUUACAGUAGCUCAGCAUAUCAAGUAUUUGUACUCAACCUUUUCUCCCCAGUUGAAAUAAGUGU